GGUUGGCUCUGGUUGAUAUCAUGACCCCCAUAUUGCUGUAUUUUGAUGGAUAUAUUUCUGUUUCCAAAGUCAAUGUGUUGACCAGAUGUUUGGAGAGGUACUAUGUACCACAGUGUACAGCUGUUAAAAGCAUCUAUGAAAGGUCUGGAGAACAUG